AACAAAAAACAAAAAACAAAGAAAUUGUCUUAACGAUUCUUAGCUUCUGUCAAGUUUUUGAUAAAGCGGAAGUUUUUAUUUUGCUUUUGGAAAAACAGAGAAUCUUAUGGAUUCUCUUCGAUUCAACCUCCAACAAUAUCCAAUCCAAUUGAAACCCAGAAUUCUCCGACCAAGAAUCACUAACAACAUAUCGAACCAAACCGAUGAAACCGAUCCUCGACCAUCAUCCUCGGCCGGUAAGGUCCAAAGGUUAGUACUUAACAACGAAGGUCGGACCAAACUAAACGCCGAUCCUGACCGUGAAUUCUAUUCAUACCCACGGUUCGUGAACCACGUAGACGAUGGUUUCAUAUCCUCCUUAACCGAACUAUACAGAAACCGGUUGAGACCCGGUUCGAUUGUAUUAGACUUGAUGAGCUCAUGGGUUAGCCAUCUUCCAGAAGAAGUCAAGUACGAGAAAGUGGUGGGGCAUGGUCUUAACGCACAAGAGCUUGCACGUAACCCUAGACUCGAUUACUUCUUCGUCAAGGAUCUCAACGAAGAUGAGAAAUUCGAGUUCGAAGACAAGUAUUUCGACGCUGUUUUAUGUGCUGUCGGUGUACAGUAUCUACAACAACCCGAAAAGGUGUUUGCAGAAGUGUAUAGAGUGUUGAAACCGGGAGGUGUGUUGAUAGUGAGUUUUAGCAAUCGGAUGUUUUACGAGAAAGCAAUUAGGGUUUGGCGAGAUGGAACCGAAUACAGUCGGAUCCAAUUGGUGGUUCAGUACUUUCAGUCUAUUGAAGGGUUUACUCAGCCGGAGAUCAUCCGGCAACAGCCUGGAGCUCAGAUAUCGGUUAUGACUCGGCUUAUGGGUUUUAUUGGUUUAGCUUCUAGACCCGAUCCUUUUAAUGCUGUCAUUGCUUAUAAGAAUUUCAAACCUAUUUAUGAGUAACACAACAAAAAAAUGUAUACUGCGUUUUGGAUGGGAAGUUUGAAAGGGAAUUAAGAAAAAUAAAAAUAGUGGUACCAAGUCCA